AUGGAACGUAGAAGGAAUCUGCGGAUAGUAUUCAUCAUCGGCGAAGAAAAUGAGAAUCCAAAUCUCGGGAUCAGGAGCCAAGCCGAGGGGAUGGAAGGUAUAGAAAGAAAGGGGGAGAACGAUUCAAACAUUCUAAGAUGGAGUUUAAUAGCUACUAUAACGAGUUUAAUACUCUUAGCACUUCCUACGACGAAGGGAGUGGUGUUUUGGAUGGCGGUUGGAGCGAGUGUGGCUGGUAGUCCGGUACAAGUUGCUUUGAUGGCUUGGGGGAGUGGAUUGGUUUCUGGUCGGGGAAGUUCGACUAGUUCAAAUAUUUUUAGUGAGGAGGACUGUGGGAGGGAGAGGAAUUUUAUAUCUGCUCAGAAAGUUUUAGGGGAUGUCGAUUUGGGCAUUGAUUCCGAAGUGAGUCUGAUUAAUGUGAAGGGAAAGGGAAAAGGAGAAGAAAGAUCGGAAAUGGAAAAGCUAUAUGUGAGGAUGGGGAUGAUAGAACAGGUAGGAGCUUGUUUGGCGACGGUAGCAUGGAGUUUAGGGCUUUCGACGGGAAUUGGUGGAAAUGAAAAUGGACAUGAGGGAACAGAAGAUGGACUUGUGGACUUCGGUGAUUGGGAUUUUUGGGAGUGGAUGGGUAAGAGGGGUGGGUUUUUAUUGGCUGCUGGGUUGAUAGGAGGAAGGAAGGGUCGUGACUUGUCGAAGGAUGUGGAUACGGAUGUUGAUACUGAUUAUGAGUCACUCGUGAUUGCGAAAAGGUCGUUGCCCUUAAGUGCAAGUAUUAUCGAGGGUGUGGGUACUGAUACUGAUGAUGGGUCAUUCGUGACUGCAAAAACCUCGUUGCCACUAAGCGCAAGUAUUAUCGAGGGUAGAAAAGUCUUUACGAAACUUGAGAACAACCCUGGAGUCAUGAAUAAACUGGCAGCGAAGCUCGGUCUUUCUCCCGCUCUUAAAUUUUACGACGUAUAUUCACUUAUUGAAUCGGAAUUACUCGGACAUAUUCCUCGUCCCGUCUACGCUCUUCUUUUCAUCAUCCCAUUAACUUCUUCCUGGGAAAAAAUUCGGCUUGCAAAAGACAUGGCAAGAGAACCUUAUGAUAAAUGUGGAGCUGAUGAGCCUAUCAUUUGGUUUAAACAAAUAAUGUGCGGUGAUUGUGGUACCAUUGGUCUCUUACAUUGCCUUCUGAAUGGUCCGGCUCAAGAAUACAUCCUCCCUAACACUACAUUAUCUCAACUUUAUGAAGAAUGUAUUCCUUUAAAUCCGGAAGCGCGAGCAGAGCUAUUAUAUGACAAUGAAGCAUUGGAGGAGGCUCACCAGUCUUGUGCAGAAUUGGGCGAUACAAAACCAUCACCACUUGGAAAAGAGAAUUCAGGACUGCAUUUUGUGGCUUUUGUACAGGGAGAUGAUGGAUGGCUGUGGGAGUUGGAGGGGAAUAGAGUGGGUCCAGUUCGAAGGGGAAAAUUGGAAGAGGGUGAAGACAUUUUGAGUGAGCAUGUAUUGAAGCGGUGUAUGGGAGGACUUGUUGAGAUGGAUGGAGGUAAGGAUUAUAGGUAUAGUUGCAUUGCGCUAGCUAAGGAUCCAUCCCAGUUUGUAAGUUUGCCUCUUCAUUUUCUCGAUCGUGGUCGUUCACUUAGAGAUGAAGGGGUACCACGGCGUGGAAUCUGGGAUCCAACUUAUCGCCAUCCAAGCUGGUCCCCGCCACCGCCGGAUAAUGGGGGAAAACUCCCAGUGGAGUAG